AUGCUGCUGCACAUGAGCGCAGAUUAUCAUCACGUGGUUGAUGACUGUGAAGAGGCGUGGGUCGCGUGGGCGCGUUUGAAGACGCUGUACGGCGGGUCGCAGAAGGCUGGACGCAUCUACUUGAAGCGCCAGCUGUUCAGCAUGGAGAUGGCGGAAGGCGGCAAUGUGAUGCAUCAUUGCAACGAAGUCCUCAACAUCAGCGCGAAGCUCAGCAGCAUCGGCGCCAAGAUGGAGGACGAGGACGUGGCGAUCUGCUUGUUGCGCAGCCUCCCCAAGAGCUACGAGAAUGUCGUUCUCAACUUGGAGAUGAGCAGCGCGGAACUGCGAUCGCGAGACGUCGUGAGAGUGCUCACGAAUGAGCACAUCAAGAGGCAAGGUGACAAGACGACAUCGGUGAAGACUGAAGACGCGGCGAAGGCGUUCAGUACCGAGCGUGAACCUCGCCAGUGUACAUACUGCGGAAAAUUGGGGCACACGGCGGAGCGGUGCUGGACCAAGCAGAAGGACGAGAAUCAAGGUGGAGCUCGACGCGGCGGCAACAAUGCUCGUGGACGCGGAGCCAACAACGUUCAGUGGCGAACCAACAGCAACUACGACGACAACUGCGAUCGAGUUGCGUUCGCGGUUUCGCUGGAGGCCGGACUUUCGACGGGCAAGAAUAUGCCAGGGAUGUGGGCAGUCGACAGCGGUGCGACGCAUCACAUCUGCAACGACAAGGCCAAGUUUGCAAGCCUGAAUGAGCGAGAGGAAGGCGAACUAUCAGUGGCUGAUGGCAGCAAGGCUGCGAUCAAGGGUGUGGGAACCAUCAUGGAACGGGUGGUUCUGCCCAAUGGUGACGAACGCGACAUCGAGAUCAAGGACGCGCUGUUCGUACCAAGCAUGAGCAAGAAUCUGCUUUCGGUGCCACAGAUCAACAAGGGUGGGAGGUUCCAAGUCGUGUUCGAUGGAUCCAAGAUGCAAGUGAAGCGCAAGAAUUCCACACAAGUCGUGGCAACAGCGGAUCUCGUCGAUGGACUUUACUGGCUGCGGACUCCUCAACGAUCGGCGAAUGCAGCAACACGCAAUGGGACCAUCGACUUGCAUGCGCGCAUGGGUCAUGCACCUCUCGAAGUUCUGCGCAAGAUGAUGGCCACUGGCAUGAUCAAGGACGCCAAGGCACCUCUCAACUCGACUGGUCCAAGUGUGUGUCGCGGUUGCCAGCAAGGAAAGAUGGUCCAAAACCAUUCCCAACCAACCGUGACAAACGCCAAUAUGGUAUCUAGCGGUUGCAUGAAGGGCUUCUGUCUGCGGUCCAAGUCUGAGAGUGAAGACUGUAUCAAGAACCACAUCAUCAAGAUUCAAACACAGUUCGGCACGAAGAUCAAGUUUGUUCGGCACGAUGGAGCGCAUGAAUUUGCGACCAACUCGAUCAAGACCUUCUACGAAGAUCAUGGUAUCGAACAACAGAUCACGGUGCCGUAUGCACACCAGACCAACGGCACCGCAGAACGCGCGAUAAGGACCAUCGUCACGAUCGGACGCAGCUUGUUGCAUCAUGCAAAGCUGGAGAAGUGUUUCUGGGCUGAAGCGGCAAUGACGGCGAUCUACAUCAAGAACCGCCUGCCUUCACCCAAGAUCGACCACAAGACUCCGUUCGAGAUCGUGUACAAGUCGAAACCAAGUGUCAAGCACAUGCGCGUGUUUGGAUGUCGGGCGUUUAUCCUGACACCAAGGGAGAAGCGAUUGAAGUGGGACCCGAAGGCUCGUGAAGGGAUGUUCAUGGGCUACGAAGAAGUGUCAAAAGCUUAUCGAGUGUACGACAUUGAGGCGGACCAAGUGGUGAUCAGUCGUGACAUCACCUUCGACGAAUCGACUUUUGACUUUUCGAUGGACCGACCAAGUGACGAUGAUGAAGAUGCGGAGUUGGAUCUCGACCUCCUGGCGAUCAACGAGGACGACGUGCGUCAAACUGUCUACAAGCAGACUGGCAAGCGCAAGAGUGAAGCAAGACCCGGCAUGUCACGUUCAGCUCGCCCUCGAACUGGAUUGGAACAAGCAAGUGCGCCGGCACACGUCUCCAACCGUCACCAGAAACGACGAUCAAGUGCUCCAGAAACGAUGUCUGAUGACGAAGAAGAUGCAAGCGUCUACGAUCAAGAUGACGACUUGACGCCUCCAACAUUUUGGCGUGCAAGUGCAAACGCAGUGGAAGCAACGGACCUAGCAGAACCUGUGACUUUUCAAGACGCGAUCAAUGGUCCUGAUCAAGCUCACUGGCGAAAUGCUGUGAAGGCGGAACUCAAGUCGAUGCAUCUUCGUGGAGUUUUCCGUGCGGCAAAACUACCAAGAGGCCAAGGCGCGAUCGGCACCAAGUGGGUGUUCAAGAUCAAGCGCAAAGCGGAUGGAUCGGUCGAGAAAUACAAGGCGCGUCUCGUUGCCAAGGGCUUCAAGCAGAAGUACGGCAUCGACUACACAGAGACGUUCUCGCCCGUGGUCAAGUACGUGACACUGCGUAUGGUGAUCGCGAUCACCAAGUAUUUCGACUGGCCACUGGACCAACUCGAUGUGGUGACAGCCUUUCUCUACGGAGUGAUGAAGGAGAAGGUGUACUGCGUGGUACCAGAAGGCGUCGAGAUGGAUGGCGACUUCGACUGUCUCGAGUUGGUGAAGGCGAUCUACGGUCUCAAGCAAGCUUCACGUGUGUGGAACGAGACUUUCGAUGAGUUCGUAUGCUCUAUCGGUUUCGAAGCGUCGGCGUUCGACCCAUGUCUCUACAUCAAGGUUGUCGAUGGUCACUGUGUGCUCGUGCUGGUCUACGUGGAUGACGUGUUGGUCACCGGCAGCUCGCUCGAGUUGAUUGCGCAGACGAAGGCCGACCUCAAGACGCGUUUCGAGAUGACCGACAGUGGCAAGUGUACUUUUGUACUGGGCAUCGAACUGGUGGACGAAUCGGAUGGCAGCGUGACGAUGUGCCAGCGACGGUAUGUCAACGACAUCCUCAAGCGCUUCGGCAUGGAUGAGUGCAAGGCCACAUCAAGUCCGGUCGACUUGAGCACUCGGCUUGUCGCAAGCACCGAAGCGGCCAAGAUCGACGUUCCGUUUCGUGAAGCUGUGGGAGCUUUGAUGCACUUGACGACUGCGACGCGCCCGGACAUUGCGUAUGCUGUGGGGUACGUCUCGCGCUUCAUGGAGAAUCCGCAGCAAGAACAUUGGACGGCGGUGAAGCGCAUCUUUCGUUACUUGCAAGGGACCAAGUCGCACGGACUCCGAUUCCAGCCAAGCGAUAAGAUCGACUUUCGUGGCUACUCGGACGCGGACUGGGCCGGCGACCACGCUGAUCGCAAGUCGACUUCGGGUUACACUUUCAUGCUGAUGGGUGCUCCUGUGAGUUGGGGAAGCAAGAAGCAGUCAAGUGUGUCGCUGUCGACGAGUGAAGCGGAAUACAUCGCACUGAGUCUGGCCAUCCAGGAAGGCAAGUGGGUGCAUCGCCUGCUAUGCGAGAUUUUGGCGGCCGCAAACGAACCAGGACCGGACCUCGUCAUCCGUGAAGACAACCAGUCGUGCAUCAAGAUGACGAGAAUCCGGUGA